UAUAAAUUUUAUCCAGAUGCUCAAGUAACAGUCAAUAAUUACAGUUAAAAGUGGUUAGUCUCUCCAUGUUCUUCUCUUCUUCAGUCUCUCGCUGGGGUGCAUCCUAUAGGGUAGGCUACACGUCGUCCGUUUCCUUCUGCGUGAGAGCCAGCAUCUUCGUUGUCUACAUUCUAAACGGACGAUUAUAGAUGAAGUGGCGAACUUUUGCGUAGUUACAUGCGUAGUGAUGUCCCAUCCAAGACUGGGAAUCUACUUUACGUCUGUCUCUUAACAUACUAGAUUCCACAAUCACUACAAUAGUGAAUAAGGGUAUCCGGUAUCUGUAAAUCAAGACCUUCAACCAUUCAGUGUUCGUCCUAUCCCCACACGCUUUAUAAAUAUUAAUGAGCAGUCUUUCCCUCUCCAGCGUCUACUUCCUACUUCCUGCUAGCUGCGCUGCUGGUACAAAGCGAAGUAUACAUACAGGAGUAAUGUGGGUAAAUAUGUACUGCCACUCGAAAGUGAAGGAAUCCUUUCCCUCUGGGUAGUCUUUCAGCUAUAUCUAAUUUUACUUCUGUUCUUAACUUUCUUGGUAUAACAUGGUACAAUUUUACAAAGGUGCUACUCGGUUCUGAAGUCUCUAGCAAAAAAUACGAUGCUUGGGAAAUUGCUUGGAAUUAUUAAAGGAUUUUAGAUCACUCUGCCCUGGUUUCCAGUGAUUUUCUCUUUUCGUGUUGGACUUGGUGUAUCGCUGGAUUUACUUGCGUGUUGGUUCACUCAUCUUUUGUUCUCUGGCAAAAAAUGGAUUUGCUAGUAGUGAAUAGUUGGAUUUACUGUUGAAGUAUUCUCUGUACCAGUUUUUAAGUUACAUUUACAUGACACAUAACCAAUUGUGCAUUUUGAAGAGUAAUGUUGUGAAAGUGACACUCUUUCCUGAUGAUUUACAUAUAUUGACUGCAGUUCCCUGCAUUUUAGAAAUGUUUCACAUUUCGUAUUUCUAGGAGUUGGGAUAUUUAUCAGUUUUUCGCUAGAUACCUGAAUUGCUGAUCAAUUCUAAAGUUUGUGUAACAAUGGUUUACUGCUGUGCCUCAAACUGUUGUAACAGAACUGGAAAUGGUAAAUUUUUUUUCCAGCUUCCUAGUCCCAGGAAGAAUUUACGGCUGCAUCAGAUAUGGCUGUCAAAGAUCAAGAGGAGCAAUUUAAAGGUGACAGAGUAUACAAGUUUGUGUUCAGAUCACUUUGAGGACAGCUGUUUUAUAUACAACUCUCUACUGGUGCCAAAUGGAGACUUUUCUCAGAAGCAAGUAAAAUUGAAAAGUAAUGCUGUACCAACGAUAUUUAAUCACUCAAGAAAAUUGCUAAGAAAGAAGAAAAAAUAUCGUUAUUUUGAAAACCAUUUAUAUUCAGAGGAAAUGCUUACCUUUGAAGAUGUCUCUGUCAUCUUCUCUAAAGAAGAAUGGCAGAUACUGCAGAAAUCAGAAAAAGAAUUGUACAGGAAUGUGAUGACAGACAAUUAUAAGCUGAUGAUCUCAGUAGGUUUUAAAAUUCCAAAGCUUAAACUGAUUGCACUUUUGGAGGAUAAUGAGGAGCUUGUAUUCUAUGAUUUUGCCACAACAGAAGUUUCUGGAAAUCUGCUAAAGCUUCCUGGUGGGACCCAGAACACUUCCAGUCCUGAAGUUAUUCACCAACCAGUACUGCUGUCUGAAGUUCAGGAACAUGCUUCCAGUUGUAAAGCUUUUAGCACAAAGUUGUAUGAAGACCAAAAGGUUCCUGAAACCACUCCUAAGUCUGCAAUAUCUGAUCCAAAUCCAGUAAUAUCACUUCUGGAGGAUGACCAGGAACUUGACAGUGGUGAGGCUUCUGUGAAAGAAGAUUUUGGUGGGCGAGAAGUAGCCAGCAGUCCCAAAACAUCUUCUGCGGACAGCAGCAUUGCUCAACAUCCUAUAAUGUCUCUCUUGGAAGAUAAUGAAGAACAUACCUAUGAGGCUGUGAAAAAAGAGGAAACUGGUCACCCUGAGCUUAAUCAAAAGGAGGAUGUUACAUCUACUGUCACUACAUCUCUGGAUUCAGUGCCACUCUCUUGCUGUCUUCAACAUGAAGUCCCCACUGCAGAAGAUGAUCACCUUUUGAGAAAUGACAGAGUUCACCUAAAUGAAGAUGGCAUUGAACAGUUUUUGAGUGAUCUGCACAAUGGCGUGCUGGCAGCGAUGCAUGACAUACUGGCAACAUGCACCUAG